AUGGAGCUGCCCGAGGACCACCUGACGCUACAGGUGACAGCAAUGAGGACGCUGCAGGAGGAGACGGUACCGAUUCAGGUGCCGCAGGAGGAGACAAUGCUGAAGAUGGUGAUGAUGACCCAGUUGCACCUGAUGGUGGUGACGUGGAUCCAGAUGAUGAUCCAAAGCCAGCCGAUGCAGCAGACCCACAGCCACCAGAGCCCCAUUACGAGAAGUAGAUACAUCACCUGGACUUUGCCGAAGAUUCCUGCCCCAACCCCUAGGGAAGGAAGUUUGCUUAUGGACACCAGGCAGGAGUUGGUCGCCGCUCUCAGCACUGACUUGGAUGCUGCCAGAGCAAAGAUCCAGGAGGUCAAGAGGAAGUUGAGGAAGACGAUCAGGGAGAAGGAUGUCAAAAAGGAUAAAAACCUAGCAAAGAGUUUCGUGAAAAGCACUAAGCUAUCAAAGAGACAAGAUGACGAUCUGUUUGCGGGCACUUCUGUGAGAGCUUCAAGGCGUAGACAAUUGCUGGAACACUUACGUCCAGAGAUGCAGGGGCAGAUUGCGUUCCAGAGAGAUGAGAGUGAAGAGGAGAUGGACGAGGAGACAAGUAGCAAGGAGUCGGAUGAGGUGGGCCGGGAGAAUGACUUAGGUGGUUGGGAUAGAUGGUCUGAAGGAUCUGCAGGUGGAGGGUCGGCAGGUCAAGGGUCAAGAGUUGGAGGGUCAAGAGCUGGAGAGACUAGUGCUGGUGAUGCGGGGACAGUAGCUGGUGAUGAAGGGGCAGGAGCUGGAGAGGCUGGGGCUGGGGCUGGAGGGUCAGAAGCUGGAGGAUCUGGAGGGCAGGGUCGGACACAACCAACCUGA